GGCCGACCUGACAGAACCAGGAAGGUGAUGCAGAGUGGGCGGAGUGUAAACUGACACCAGCAGGUUGAGAGCCUCCACCCUGCAGCAGCAGGAGACAAUCAACAGGGUCUCAACAGUGAAGACACACGGACAACCGCCUGCUCACCUGGACAGUCCAGCCAUGAGGUGCCACUCUGUUCGUCUUCCUCUCCCCCUCCUCCUCUCUUUUCUCACCCUCUUGGUGGGAGCAGUGACAGUGUCAGGAUUCAGGAUCUGUUCCUACAAUGUGCAGAAAUUCAACUACCAGAAAGCUAAAAACUACAGAGUGAUACACACUCUGACACGGGUUUUGCAUCGUUGUGAUAUCUCUCUCCUUCAGGAUGUAGUAGAUCCUGAUGGUAAAGCCAUCAAAGCUCUGCUGGUAUCUCUCAACAGGUACAGGGGAAUUGACAGGUAUGAGGGCAAUUAUGCCUACAAGUCGUUGUCCAGUGAGGCUCUGGGAAAGUCUGCAGACGACAUGCAGCAGUAUGUUUUCAUCUACAGGAUCCAGACGGUGAAUGUGACGGGUCAUUAUCAGUACCAGAAGAAAGACUCCUUUGUCAGAGAGCCAUUCAUCGUUCAGUUCCAAAGCAACAAGACUGCAAUCAAUGAGUUUGUUCUGGUUCCUCUCCACACGGAGCCCACGAAAGCUGUCCAGGAGAUGGACCAACUCUACGACGUCUUUGAGGAUGUCGAGAGGAGAUGGAACAACACGAAUGUGAUGUUCCUGGGAGAUUUCCACGCCGGCUGUGCCUACAUGAGCCGAACUGACAAGAAAAACAUCAGACUGUUCAGCAAUACAAACUUCUCCUGGCUGAUCAGAGACAAAACGGACACCACCCUCAGUCAAGAGACCAACUGUCCUUAUGACAGGAUCGUGGUACAUGGCCAGCCCUUCCUGAAGGGGAUCAAGCCGUUCUCUGCCAAAGUCUACAACUUUGCUAAAGAGCUCAAACUCCCCAGAAGUAAGGCGAGGGAGGUGAGCGACCACCUGCCCGUGGAGGUGACUCUAAAGAGCCCCGCCCCUCUCAUUCAGGCCACGCCCCUCCUGGUCCUCCUCAGCGUCUCUGCGGUCGUCCGCUCCUUCCUGUGACCACCUGCUCUGAAAUCACCUGUACGUCCACAGUCCGGUCACUGAGAGGGAUGAGUCUCUGUUAACGUGGCUCAAAGUAACACACAUCACCUCUGUUAGACUUUUUAAUGGUCAGGUGACCUGGGUUACUGUGUCAUGUGACCAAGGUAAAGCUGACUGAGCCAUUAACCAGCCUCAGUUAUUUUUUAAAAACCUCUCCCUUUACUUUCUCCUUUAAUUAUCUCAUUAUGUUCUGAUGAUGCUGUUUGGGUGUAUUUAUUUUUCACUCCCAACUUAUUGACUUUAUUCUCUCCAGAUAUCAAACCAUGAUCUCACGGUCACAAACAAACACUGACCAUAGCAGUUUCCAUCAGUGAGGAUCAGAUGAAUUCAUUCAGGGUGAAGCACAGUGUCCUAGAAGAGCAGACACAUUUAAACUCACUAGAUGUUUGAUGUCUGCAGAUAAUGGUGCAGGUGAAAUACAGAGCAUCUGUGCUAACAUCAGAAGAAAUCCUGAGAUUUUUAUAACUGAUCAAAUCAGGCUUUUUUUAUAAGUAAGCUCAUGUCCAAAGCUCAGUCAGACAGCUGAGUCAUUAACUCCAGAUGAGAGGCUUUAAAACAAAGAGCCUCCAUCACUCUCACUUUACAAAGUCAUGAACAAACAACUUUAACAGUAAUAUUCAUGCUUUUAUGAUUGACGACAGUCGGGCAGUAGUUCUGGUCCACGUGGCUGCUGCUGACCCAGGACCAUCGGUCAGGUCGUUACACAGAGUGCCGAAUGGGAACUGACCCAGUAACCAUGUUGUUUCUUCAGCAGCUGAAUCUUUAUUCUGAUGUCUAAUGUUUUCUUCUCCCUCUCGUGUCUGUUUGACUCUGUACAGAAACUGAUGUAAAUAUUUGGAACGUGACAGGAUUUAUUUUAUCGUUUGAUGGUUUUUAACGUUCAGUAAAGUUUUUGUACGUUGAAAUUAAAAAGUUGAAGAUG